AUGAUUCUGGUGCCCAGUGCCGCUGCUGCUGCUGCUGCUACUGCUGCUGCUACUGCUGCUGCUCCUGCUGAUGCUAAUCAAAUUUAUUGUUUCUUUUCAGUCCUUUUCUUCAAAUGGCGAAUACGGUAUUAUUACAUUUCCGAGUCACCGCCGCAGCCGCUGCUAUCCGCAAACACCGCUGCAGCCAUCGCUACCAUUACCGCGGCUACCAUUGCUGCUGUUAUUUGUCUGUUGAUCAUUGCUGUGAAUUUAGCGCUGAGCCACGCGACAGCUGCACAGACUGCACAGAGGGACUGGGGAGAGUGA